UCUGAUAUUUCUUCUUCAAACAAAGGGCAUUAUUAUUAUCAACAACGUUAACACUACUUUUUCAUUCUCUUUGUUUCAUUAAGAUGGCUGAAAAGGCAGGCACAAGUAGGAAUGUUCAGCUUCAAGCUUUUGACAUGGAAUGUGAUAUCGAUGUGCCUUCGAACUCACGCAGUAACUCCGAAUGCUACGACGAAGAUGGCCGUCUCAAAAGAACUGGAAACGUUUGGACUGCAAGCUCGCACAUAAUAACUGCUGUGAUAGGAUCUGGGGUGCUGUCAUUAGCUUGGGCCAUAGCUCAGCUAGGUUGGAUUGCUGGUCCUGCUGUUAUGUUCUUAUUCUCUUUGGUCACUUUCUACACUUCUUCCUUGUUGGCUCAAUGUUAUCGUACUGGUGAAACCAAUUCUGGCAAGAGAAACUACACUUACAUGGAUGCAGUUCGCUCCAUUCUUGGUGGAGCCAAUGUUACAUUUUGUGGGAUAUUUCAGUACCUGAAUCUAUUGGGAAUUGUAAUAGGAUACACAAUUGCGGCUUCUAUUAGCAUGAUGGCAAUCAAAAGAUCUAACUGUUUCCAUCAAUCUGGGGGCAAAAACCCAUGUCACAUGUCAAGCAACAAAUACAUGAUCAUUUUCGGUAUAUGCGAAAUUUUCCUUUCUCAAAUUCCCGAUUUUGAUCAAAUAUGGUGGCUCUCAACGGUUGCUGCAAUCAUGUCUUUCACUUAUUCCACGAUUGGUCUCUCUCUUGGAAUUGCCAAAGUUGCAGAAACGGGUACAUUCAAAGGUAGCCUCACUGGAAUCAGAAUUGGGCCUGUGUCACAGACCCAAAAGAUUUGGAGGACUUCCCAAGCUCUUGGUGACAUAGCCUUUGCCUAUUCAUAUGCUGUGGUUCUCAUAGAAAUUCAGGACACAAUAAAAUCUCCACCAUCUGAAGCAAGAACAAUGAGGAAGGCGACACUGAUAAGCAUUGCAGUGACGACAACAUUUUACAUGCUUUGUGGGUGCAUGGGGUAUGCUGCUUUUGGAGAUGCUGCACCUGGGAAUUUGCUCACUGGCUUUGGCUUCUACAACCCAUAUUGGCUCAUAGACAUUGCAAAUGCUGCCAUAGUGAUUCACCUUGUGGGAGCAUACCAAGUGUUUUCCCAACCCAUCUUUGCCUUUGUGGAGAAAGGGGUGACAGAAAGAUGGCCCCACACUGUGAAGGAGUUGAAGAUUCAAAUUCCUGGCCUCCCCCCUUACAAGCUAAACAUGUUUAGGUUGGUUUGGAGGACAGUGUUUGUUGUCCUAACAAGUGUCAUAUCAAUGCUGCUUCCAUUCUUCAAUGACAUUGUGGGAGUCAUUGGGGCAUUGGGAUUUUGGCCCCUAACAGUUCACUUUCCUGUGGAGAUGUAUAUUGCACAGAAGAAGAUUCCAAAAUGGAGUAGCAGAUGGAUUUGCCUCAAAAUAUUUACCAUGGCCUGCCUCAUAGUAUCAGUUGUUGCUGCUGUUGGCUCAGUGGCAGGUGUCUUACUUGACCUUAAGAAAUAUAAGCCAUUCCACUCAAACUAUUGAGCUUCAGCCACUUGGUUUUAGUUUCUGUGUACCACUGUAUGUCACAUUCUCCUUAGUUAUACUUGUUUAUUGAGCUUAUUUUCAUGUUUCAA